AUCCUCAAUGUUGAACAUUAGACACUUAGGACAGAGCUGUGUAUCCGUGUCCGUAUGACUUAUCCUUAUCGCAUUACGUUAGGCUCCUCCCAUUUUACGUAUUAUCAUGCGGAUACGUGUAGCCUUGAGAAUAAACCGACGUACGCAACAUAGCUUUACGGUUGGGUUAUGAGAGUCGGUGUAUUUGAAAAAGUGAGGUUACGUUUGUGUUUACAUCACUGAAAUCAUGUUUCUGCAACAGAACAGUAGCUGUGCAAAAACGGGUUCUCAAGCCCGCAAAUCGAGGACGUUUUUUUCACUUCAAAUGGAUAUCCAUCUAAUGCGAUUGUGUGUAGAACACAAUCCAUACCAACUAGGCAAAAAUCAGUGGGAUCUGAUUCUUGCCGACAUGAAGGAGACGUUUAAUGUGGAAUUUUUGUUGCGCACAUUGAAAGAGAGAGCCAACAAAUUGGUGGACAAAUAUCAACAAGAGCAGCUGCAAUAUAAGUACUUUAGCCAAUACUGUUAUUUUUUUAUAAUCAUUACAUUUCGUAGAACUGGUACAGAAAAAGAACAUACGGAAUUAGGGAAUUUGUUAGAGGUAGUCGUUGCUUAUAUUGAUGCAAGCAAUGUGCCUAUAACCCGAACCACAAAUGCUGAUUCCCGUAGUGCAGAUGAAGAUGAAACAGACAAUUCUAAUGUAGUUUCCACACCCCAACUUAAAACAGCAAGACCUCGGGCCACAGCAGCAAAUGUGGAAAAACACACUGCAGACAUGGAACGAGAUGAACUCUUAAAUCAGACCGAAGAUACAGCACCAGGACCCAUAACAGUAAGAAAAAAGCGUAGUGCGCUGCUUCCUGAGGAUGAGCUUAUCAAACGAAAACAAGAACAGGAUUAUGACAUUGAAGUGAAAAAAUUGAAACUUGAAGAGCGAAAAAUGGAAAUCGAGUAUGACCUGCAGCAACAAAAAGCAACAUUGGAACGAGAAAAACUAGAAGUUGAGAAAGAGAAGAUCAGAAUUACAGAAGAAGAAAAUAAACGACGUGAUGUCCAACAGCAACAGAUGCAUGAAUUGUUAAUGUUAUUGGCCAAAAAAUAAAUUGUUUUACAGAUACAACAUUGUUUAUUGUAAAUAUUCUUGGAUACUAGGUGGUAAACAAGCAAAAUAAUCUGAGAUUUGACAUCCACUCAUGCAAAUAUAACAAUUUACUAAAAACGCUGCUACAUAAUAUUGAAAUUUUAAGUGUUGUAAAUAAACUUUCUGAUUUUUUUUGAAGUCCACAAAGGCAAAUAACUGCACAAUUUUCCCAAAA